CCGCUCAUUCAAAUCGGCCAUCAUCUAGACCACCAUCCACGAUCGAUCAUCAUCCGGAAUUUACCACUAUGCAAAAUCAGCCAUCAUCUAAAAUCGAUCUUGAAACCAUUGUAAAGGAUAGGCGACAUCAUCCGGAACCGAGUUGUCGUUACUUAGCUACCCAUCGGAACAGCUAUUUAGACAUUCCAUUUGGUGAACUGAUCACUCUGCCAUUUUACACGACGGUGAUCGACUUGCAACGCUUAACUCCUAGGGAGGUCAAGUGUCUCGCCAAAAUAACUUCUGAGGGGCACAAAGGAGACUUUGUCACGACGCUCGCCAAAUACUGCAAGGGUCUUGACACAACCCAACGUGCUGCGGCUCUAUUCGAAGGCUCGAUACAUCUUGUGGAAUCAACCUCAGUUCCUCCGCAAACGACCGCUGAGGAAAGGGAAGAAUGGGUCUCGGUUUCCUACGCGCAGCUACAUUGGUUGUAACAUUACGUUUUUAUUUAAUUCGACUUGAUGGGGGGUGAGCUCUAUUAGGUUAGGGGAAUGGGGGCCGCUGCGAACUUGCGACGGGAUAUAAGG